AUGCAAACGAAACCCCCCAGUAUUGCCCACUCGGAACGACGUUUCAUGUCUUCCUUAAGCGAAAAUGCAAGUCCAACGGAGGAUAGCAUUGUGACACACGGAAAUCAAAUGGACCCAUCCUUCGUUUCCGAAGAAACCUUCGCCACGUUUAACAGCAUUUUUGGACCCCUUUCCAAAGUGACCAAGACAGCAAUGGGCGGCGGCAACGUUUGUCCAACAUGCUCCAAAGUAAGUCCCCACCACCUCAAAAUCCCGCCAGUCAGCCGAUCUCAAUCACCUCUAACACUUCACUGGUCACCUCUCCCCCAUCCUACAACAACAACAAACAUGAAAGACCUUUGA